AUGUGUCUUUCACAAGAACACAUUCAUAAACAAAAAGCACAUAUAAUGGAAAAUUAUCACUUAAUUCUAUCAGUCUUCUUAAUCCUUUCAUUGAAACUUUUGUUUGGUAAAAAGCACAUAAAAUACAACCUAGCUCCGAGCCCGACCAGACCAUUGCCGGUGAUCGGACACCUCCACCUCCUUAAACUGCCGCUUCAUCGCACAUUUUUGUCCCUCUCCCAAUCUCUCGGCGGUGCUCCCAUUUUCAGCCUCCGCCUCGGUAAUAAACUCGCGUAUGUCAUCUCCUCCUACUCCAUUGUUGAAGAAUGUUUCACUAAAAACGACGUGGUUUUAGCCAACCGGCCAAAGUUUCUUAUCUCGAAACAUGUGGAGUACAACUACACAUCCAUGGUCAGUGCCCCUUAUGGCGACCAUUGGAGGAAUCUUCGGCGACUCGGCGCCAUUGAGAUCUUCUCUUCUCACCGGCUUAAUAGCUUUUUAUCCAUCCGUAAAGACGAAAUCCGACAUUUGAUUUUGCGUCUCUCCAAAAACUCUCGACAAGAGUUCGUGAAAGUGGAGAUGAGAACAUUGUUUGUAGACUUCAUUCUCAACAAUGUGAUGAGGAUGGUGGCCGGGAAGCGAUUUUACGGCGAUGGAACAGAGAACGAUGACGAUGCAAGAUGCGUUAGGCAGUUGAUCGCUGACGUGGUGUCUAGUGCCGGCGCUGGAAAUGCUGCUGACUACUUUCCGAUCUUGUGUUGGGUCACUGAUUACGAAAAACGUGUAAAAAAUGUGGCAUUUCGAUUUGACGUGUUUUUGCAGGGACUUGUUGAUGAGAAACGUGCGGGAAAAGAAAAGGGUAAUACUAUGAUCGAUCGCUUGCUUUCGCUCCAAGAAACUCAGCCUGAUUACUACACGGAUGUCGUCAUCAAAGGAAUCAUAGUCGUUAUGAUACUUGCGGGGACUGAUACAUUGACAGGAACAUUAGAAUGGGCGAUUUCAAAUUUGUUAAACCAUCCAGAGAUAUUGAAAAAAGCAAAGACCGAAAUCGACACCAAUGUCGGGUUAGACAGGUUAAUUGACGAACCUGACAUAAUCAAUCUCCCUUACCUUCAAAACAUCAUGUCGGAGACUUUACGACUUUACCCGGCAGCUCCGACACUUCUCCCCCACGUGGCGUCGAAAGAUUGCAUGGUCGCGGGAUACGACGUUCCACGUGGAACAAUGUUAUUGGUGAACGUAUGGGCCAUGCACAGAGAUCCAUAUAUAUGGGAAGAGCCAGAAAAGUUCAAACCAGAGAGGUUUGAGAAAACAGGUGCGGAUCAAAAGUUGAUUCCGUUUGGGAUCGGACGGAGAGCUUGUCCCGGGUCUGGGUUAGCUCAACGGUUAGUGAAACUAGCUUUAGGAUCGUUGGUUCAAUGUUUCGAGUGGGAGAGAGUUGGAAAAGAAAAUGUGGAUAUGAAAGAAGGAAGCAUGAUGCACCAAGCGACACCGAUGCAGGCCAUGUGUAAAGCUCGCCCCAUUGUCCACAACAUUCUCGGCGCUUCCUUUUGA